UCCAAAUCAUCGUCCUCGGUUGGCUUGGGCUUUGGCUUGGCUGCUGCAAUUAUGGCUACUUGCAAAGAGUUCUUCAAGGACUCCCCGACAUCUGGCAUUGUCUUGGUCUGUCGCUUUCCAGUCCGAAGGAAUGCCUCGUACUUUUCUUUGCAGGCAGCUGCCUCAUCUUUGAACUCCUGUAUAACGCUGGCCGGGAAAAUGUCUUCUGGUAGGCCAAGCCGCUCGUGCAGUGGAAUUGUUUGCAGCGCCUCAACGAUUGUGUCGCAGUCGAUGGAGAGAAACUCGCUGAGCUCAGCUGGUUCGUCUUGCCAGUCCUGUUGCUCCUUGAAGCGAAAGUGUGCGCUCGCUCCAGCUGAUGCGCUCAGCAAGAGGUCAAAGUCCUCGCCGCGCUUCCUGUUGUACUCGGUUUCGACUUCGACGGGCUCGUCGUAUCGACUCCAAUUGCUGAUGUUUCAGCGCCUUUGGGGCAAGCAAAGCACGGCAGCCACGAUGUCGGCCGCAUCAAGUUUCAUCGAGCAAACGUUGGAAAAUAGUCCCGUUGUCAUAUUCUCGAAGAGUUAUUGUCCAUUUUGCAGAAAAGCAAAGCAAGUAUUUGAUGAACUACAUGUAUCUUACGUUGCUGUCGAGCUUGACGGUAGGGCAGAUGCCAGUGAGAUUCAGAAUGUUUUGCGACAAAUGACUGGCGCCAGCACGGUCCCAAGGGUGUUCGUGAAGAAGCAAUGCCUGGGUGGUUGUAGUGACUUGGAAGAAAUGUAUGGGAAGAACCAGUUGCAAACUCUACUCCGGUCAAAUGGAUUACUGUAGUGAUAUGGAAAUUGAGGAUAACAGUAUUUG